AUGGCUUCAGGAGAGGAGUCCUCGUCCUCGAUCGACGACGAUCGCUAUCGGGCCGAAGUGCUUGGCCUCGACGGCGACGAGACCGAAGACCGGAUUGAGGCGCGCCUAAUUACCGACGCCACCGACCUGGGCCUGCGAGUGCCUGACAUCCAGAUCGCCGCGUCGCUGGCCGCCUCAAUCAGCGCCGGAUUCCUGGAUAUCAUUUCGUCUUCGUCUUCGUCGACAUCGACGCCAACGAGGUCGUCACUCGCGCAUAGCUCGCUUCCGGAUGUUGCCAGGGGCAGUGGUGCUGUCACUACUGCGGCGUCCAUUGACCACCUCACGAGCUCCUUUUCCGAUACCACGCUCUCCGACCGCGACCAUUCCGACAGUAUUCCGUCCAUUGAUUCCUCGUCAACCUGCCCGACAUCGAUCAGCUCAUACGACGGCCGACCGUCGCUGCACAAUGAGCGGUAUGCACGGGGCCAGCGCAAUUCGCACUCGGGCGUGGCCAGGUCGACGGAGCGGAAACGGUCGAGUUUCAUCCAUGCCAUCGGCAAGCCGUUUCGCAGGCGUCGGAUGCCGUCGGCCAUCAUCUUGCCGCCGGAUGCGCAGGUUGUGCUGAGAAGAGAAGGCGGGGAUAGUACGAUGCUUGUGGAAACGAAAACGGUGACGCCGUCGAGGGUCGAGAACCCCGCGGCUCAAGAAAAAGUGCAUGUCGAAGUGCCGGUCUUUGACGAGGCGUCGAUGCAGAGGAGUCUGGACAAUGAGCAAUUGAGAGACAUGUUCAGCAGGCACAAGGCCAUCAGGCUACGUUUUGUCCGGCUACAAAAUGAUGUGCUAGACACGUUGAAAGGGAAACAUCUCGCCGUGAUCGCCCAGCAGAAGAUUAGAAAUGAGAGUGCGGAAAGGGAAAAGGAGAAGCAGAAUAACGCUCACAUUGCCCGAAUGGAAGAGCGCCAGCUCGAGAUUGAGAUAGACCAAAUCAAAGAAUUCGACAAAGCGAAACGACACUCUGAAAUCCGCAUCAAACAUAUGGAAGGAUACUUCCACACGCCUAGCCCUCCGGCUUCACCGGCUCUAGGAUCAGAAAAUGGAUCCGAUGCUGCUGCCCGCUCCAACCGAACAGUGACCCAGCGGCAAAAGGAGCAGCUUGCUCAAGAAUACCUUGACCGAGACUCGAUGAACCAGCUGCACGACGCGCGGGUCAAGGUGCUGCGAGAGCGCCAAGAGCGACAACUGCAAGAAACAACUGCGCGUCUCCAGAACGAACUCGAGGCUCUAAUCAACGGCAACACGGACAGUAUAGCCGACCUCGAGCGCGAUCACCAGCGCGAGGAGCAGGAGAUUCUGCAAGCCUUUGACAGCAAGAAGAACAAGCUACGGUGGCGCUGGAAUAUAGAAGAAGCCAUCUUGCGCAAGAAACUACAGCAGCGCGACGGAAAGCCGUAUGGACCGCUACCGACAAUCUCGUUCAGCUGUCCAGACGACGAAGCGCCGAUUCUGAGGAAUCCGUUUGCCGAUUCGCAGACGCCACAAUGA